AUGACGACGAGCGCCACCGCAGACCCGGAUUUUACCCUUCGAGUUCGAAAAUAUGUCGCCACCCAAACUGUCGCUGCCUUCAUUGCCGGCGGUGUCGCCGGUGCCGUUUCCAGAACCGUUGUCUCCCCGUUGGAGCGGUUAAAAAUCCUAUAUCAGGUUCAGGGGACAGGGGGAGCUUCGUACACUGGAGUUGGAGCUUCAUUGGCAAAGAUGUGGCGUGAAGAAGGUUGGAGAGGGUUUCUACGAGGAAACGGUACCAAUUGCGUUCGAAUCGUUCCUUAUUCUGCGGUGCAGUUCUCAUCAUAUACUGUCUACAAAGGAAUGUUCAUGGAGGCUGGUAGGACGGAGCUUGAUACGCCAAGAAGACUAAUAUCUGGUGGAAUGGCGGGUGUCACAUCAGUCGUUGCAACAUAUCCCCUCGAUAUCUGUCGAACACGUUUAUCGAUACACACAGCAUCGCUAGAAGCUCUCGGGAAAACGGGCCAGCACAUCAAAAUUCCGGGGAUGUGGGAAACAAUGAUCCACAUGUACAAGAACGAAGGUGGUGUACUGGCACUAUACCGUGGAAUGAUACCCACACUAGCUGGUGUAGCUCCAUAUGUUGGCCUCAAUUUUGCUUGCUACGAGCAAAUUAGAGAGUGGAUGACCCCUGAAGGAGAAAGGGGCCCUGGUCCAUUUGGAAAGCUAGCUUGUGGUGCUCUCAGCGGCGCAAUUGCUCAGACCUUCACUUAUCCUUUCGAUCUCCUUCGUCGCCGAUUCCAAGUGAACACCAUGUCCGGCCUUGGGUUCAAAUACAACUCCAUCUUCCAUGCAAUCAGUUCCAUCAUUAGACAGGAGGGCCUCCGAGGCAUGUAUAAGGGUGUAGUCCCUAACCUCCUUAAGGUCGCACCAUCUAUGGCAAGCUCUUGGUUCAGCUACGAGCUUGUCAAAGACUUCCUCGUCACAAUCGAUCCGGAUAACGAGCCGAUAUAA